AUCAAACACAUCAGAGACACCACCAAACGAAUGAUUAGAAGUGUAAAAAGUCUAAAACUAAAAACCAAAAGAUAUUCAAAGUGUGGCAACUUGAAUGCAAGUCAGCAAAAUUCCAUUCUCCCAGAUUUUACACCUUCAAUGCUUUGCAUUUGCUUGCCCCUCUUGCAUGUGUAUGGCUUAUUAUGACUUUGAAUGAGGACCCCAGUCUGUAUUAAAUAAAAUGUCUAUCACAUGAUCCAAAACAGGUAACCCAAAAGUUUAUUAGAUUAAACAAUUUGAAAUUAAAAUUGGACUAAAAAAAAAGAAAAGAGUUAAGUAUCUUGAUUCCCCUCAUCCCAAUUUCCCAUAAUAAUAAUAAUGAAACUGAUGAAAGCCUGUAACAAAUUCAUUAGUUCACACACUUUGGAAAGCCUAAAACCCAUUGCAGAUUACAGUUGAGAGUCAAUUCAUUCAUUGCUCAGAUAUUAAAAAAUUGCAUCUUUCUUCUUCAGAAUAGGAAUGGCAGAGGUGAGUCAUAAACUAGAGGAAAACCCAGAAAAGUCCAAGAAAAACAGAGCAUAUUGAGUCUGCAAAAAUUUUGGAGUUAUUCUCACCGCUUCCCUUCUUGUUUCCCUUUCAAGUUGCAAUCUCCCGUGUCUCUUGUGAAUUCUUUGCGGUUCUGUUUUUUUUUUUUUAACUGCUUUCAUCAUAUAUGGUACGGUGCUUCCUGCCUAAUCAUUCUUUCAACCCCAAAAUAUCAGCAGUUUCAGAAUAGUUCAAGAAUCAAGAUUGUCCAUUUAUGAAAGUGAUUCUGUGAUCUGAUGUUGCUGGAAAAUAUGGAUAACAAGCAACUGAACUUUGGUCGACCACUGCUAUCAGUGAGACGCCAUUCAUCGACUGUUGUCAUGGAAAAAGAUGAUAGAAGGAGCAAUAGAAGUUCUGUCCCAAGUAUCCCUCGGCCUCCUGCCUAUAAAUCUGAACUAAAAUCAGGUCCCGUGAGUAACCCAGGUACGGUGCCAUUUCAAUGGGAACGGAGCCCUGGAAGACCCAAGGAUGAGAGGACUACUGGAACUUUUGAAGAACCUCCAGCUGCCCCCAAGCUUCCUCCUGGGAGGGUUUUGAUCAAUCAGCAAAGCAAUGACCAUGUCUCGGCAAAUGCACUUUUCCAAAAAAGUCAAGACAAGAGUCCUAAAUGCUCGCAGAAUGUCACCCAUUUGGAUGAACAUGUUAGAGAAACUGAAUCUGCUCAGGACAUCAAGGAACAGGCAGAAGAGGGGAAAAGUGAAUCAGGGGAUGAUGAUGAAGUAUAUGAGGAUGCCCUCGAUUCGCUUUCAAGGACUGAAUCAUUCUUCUUGAAUUGCAGCGUGAGCGGGAUAAGUGGAUUGGAUUACCCAGACGUAAAGCCGCCUGAUACUUUCUCUACAGAUCCUCAAGCUAAGGAAUUCAUGAUAGGUCGUUUUCUUCCUGCAGCUAAAGCAAUGAUUUCAGAAACACCUCAAUAUGCUCCUCCCAAGAAGCAACCGAUGGUUCAGGUUGAGGACAUCCCGAGACAACUAAAGGUAGUAAAGGGAGACAAUCAGCCGCAACUUAGGUAUGGGCCUAGUUUUGCAAGACAUUAUGCUGAAUCACAAUACACAGCCGAAGAAGAAAGUGAUGAUGAAUAUAAUGAGAGUGAGAACUUUCACGGCAAUGCAUGUGGCUUGCUUCCCAAAUUCUGUUUGAAGAGUUCAAUGUGCCUUUUAAACCCUCUACCUGGGAUGAGUGUGAGGACUAGGAGGGCACCCAUGUCUGUUAGAAGGGUGCAGGCUAGAUCUUCUUCAGCUAGUACAUGCAGCAAGACUGAUAAUGAGCUUUCGAGUUUUGAUGCUAGCGAGCAGAGAUCGAUUGAUGGAUCUCAAACAACUGAGUUAUUUGAAGACAAGUGUGAUGUGGCAAAUCCUUCUAUUGAAAUUUCUUCCAAGUCUCAGAAACUUGAUGGAUCAUCGCCAUAUGAACAGUCAGACCACCCAAACAAAUUAGCUGCUUCUAUUGGACAAACUGUUUCCCCGGCCAUUUCUUCUGAAAUAAAGGACGUCAGGAAUAAUGGCUUAAGCCUCCAUAGUAAGGGGUACAAAAGCUUUAGGGAUUUAUUGGCUGAUGACAGAAUCUCGGAGGAACUAGAUUCAGGGAGUCCUGCGGUUGAGAAAACUCUGUAUGUCGAUACUGUGCAUAAAGGGACGUCUGUGGAACAGAACACAUGUGAGCUAACAAACCUUGGAGAAGAUGUUAGUAAAGCUUCUACAAAGAUGGCAGAAACAAAUCUCCCAGAAGAUCCUUCCCUUAUCAAAACGUCGAACAAUGUUUCUAGGAGAGAUGUAUCAAAGACCGAUUUCCAUAAAACCCACAAUUUUAGUGUCCCCCCACUGGCCAGUAAAACUACUCGAAUGACUGAAAAUAAUGCAGCAAAAGCUUUUGGAGAUGAUGAGGACCUCUACCAAGAUGCAGCCAAUUCUGAAAUUUUACUAGUGCCUGUUGAGAAAGCAACUCAAAGUUUGAAAAAGAAUCCAAUACCUGAAAAGCAGCAAAAUUAUCAUGGAAUUAACGCCGAGUUUCCUGUUCCCCCGCCCUUGCCAAACUCUCCAUCUGACUCCUGGCUGUGUCGCACUUUGCCUUCAAUGUCGUCAAAGAAUGCUUCUAGGAAUUCUCAUUUUGGGACUGGAAUGCAUCUAGGAAAUCAGGCUCCCAAGCCACACUCUGGUGAUCCCAAGUGGGAAACAAUUGUUAAGGCAACAAAGGUGCAUCACCAUCAUCUUAGAUAUUCUGAGGUGAACUAUGUCUCUACAUUAAACUGAUUUUGGUUCUUUGAUUCUAUACUGUUUUUGUGCACUUGUAUUAUGGCAGCAACUAAUGUUUAUGCUGAUAUGGGGCUUUUCAGGAACUGCUAGCACCUAUACCAGAAAGUUAGAAGCACCAUUCCACAAUACACUCAUCCUGAAGCUUCUCAACCGGAUCAAGGUCAAUGUUUGUAUGGUCUCAUCCUAUAGUUUUCUAUACCACAUUCAAUUCUGUAAGUAAAACAUACGAUAAAAAGUUGUUUUGUAUAGUGACGAUAGGCAAAUAGUGAAUCUCAAAAGCAGUAGUAUUCUGAAGAGCGUAUAAUCGUUGUUGUAGUAAUAAGGCAGGGUUUCUGGCAAAAAUGUGUACAUGGCAAGCAAUCCUCAUGAUUAGUACAUUUCCUCUUUUUACCAUAAUGGUUGUUCUUUUCUCCCAA